CGCACCAAGAAAAAGUGAGGGCGAACCAACCGAUCCCACAGCGGCCAGGCCAAGGGCAUAGGCAUAGCACGCCGCCCGCCUCCGCCGCCGCCGCGCGCAGCCCCCACCAGAUUGCCGAAGAGGGACGGGAGACCCCUCACCAGCCGCCCCCCUUGCCGUUCCGCUGUUCCCAUCCCGCCGACCCGCUCCCGUCCUCUCCACCAACCCACCACCCUACUUCUCGCUUUCCGCUCGAUCGCCCGCCUAACUGACCCUCCUGGUGGCGAUCUCGCCUCGCCCUCCCCACCGCCCCGGGAGCCCAGAUCUGGUGGGCGCUCGGCGGCGCGGGCGGGGCGGGCCCCCACCCGUCGGCCGAUGGUCUCCGCCGCGGCGCAGGCGGGCGUGGUCGCGGCGUGCGUCGUGCUGUUCGUGCCCAUGGGGCUCGCGGGCUGGCACCUCAGCCGGAACAAGGUGCUCUUCUUCUCCGGCGCGCUCUUCGUCUCCCUCGCCGUCGGGGUACACCUCUCCCCUUACCUCCCUUCCCUGCCGCACCUCCUCGUCGCGUCCUUCCACCCCCAGCCCUUCACGGCGGGGGCGUCCUCUUCCUCGUCCUCGUCGUGCGUGCCUUUCCUGCACCGCGUGUCGUGGGAGGACGCGUCUGGGGGCGUGGGCGGCCGUGCCUGGUCGUGGCCGCCGUCGCUCGCGUCCACCUGCGGCCUCGCGCGGCUCUCGCGGGACGACGCGUCCCUCCUGCUCAACGGUUCGUGGGUGAUGGUGGCCGGGGACUCGCAGGCGCGCCUGCUGGUGCUCGCGCUGCUCCGCCUCCUGCUCGACCCGGCGGCGGCGGCGGCCGCGGAGCCGGAGCUGUUCCGCCGCCACAGCGACUACCGCGCCACCGUGCCGGCGCGGGGGAUCUCCGUCGAUUUCAUCUGGGCGCCCUUCGAGAACAACCUCACGCGUCUGCUCCACGAGGAUCUGCGCCUCGCGCCGCGCACCCCGGACGUGCUCGUCCUCGGAUCCGGCCUCUGGCACAUGCUCCACGUCACGGACGGCAAGCACUAUGGCGACGCAUUGGCGUCCAUCGCCAAUGUGGCCAAGUCCCUCCGAUCGCCUCUCCCGGUGCCGCCGCCACACAUGUUCUGGCUAGGGCUGCCGCGUCUUGUGAACCAUAUGCUCAACACCGACGCCAAGAAAGCACACAUGAACGACACCAUGCUGCAAACCUACGACCUUGAGGUCGAGCGGAGGGGCAUCUUGCAACGCGACGGCGGUCCAUUUGUACUGCUUGAUGUGGGAAAGCUCACUCGGGGGUGUGGGCAGCAAUGCACGGCUGAUGGAAUGCAUUAUAACGGUGAAGUGUAUGACGCAAUCUUGCACAUCAUGCUCAAUGCAUUGGUGAUUGAGUCGCAACAGAGGAUUUGAUUGAUUGAGUUCUUGAAGGAGGUGUGUUCUCACACUGUUCUUUUGGUCUGGUAUAAUACAGGGGUAAGUAGGAAUUGUUGUGAAUUAGGGGUUUUCUCUUUUGAUCGCUUUGACAUUUUGGUUGCUUGCCAGAAUCCAUUGUUGGAUUCCUCAACCUUAGACUGUAAUAUAAGGGAAUCUUAGAAUUACACCGUCUUUUUCUUCUUUUUGGGCUAAAUGGUAAGCCGGGCUGGCAUGUUGUAUACUUUGCUAGGUAACCACUGAAAACGGUGAUUCCAAAAUGUAGGAGAGGAAAUAUUGUGAAAUGCUAA